AUAGACGUUACAUAGCUUAUGAUGGGAGAAACAGCUCCUCUGUUCUCUUACCUUGUCUAACUACAGGCACAGACAGGCGUUUGGGAAAGAGUGUCUAAUUCUUGAUCCACAGCUGCUGUGGAUGGGCUCUCGUGUUUUUUUUUCUUUGUUGGAGUGUGUGAAGAGGCCGCUGAUGCUAGCAGUGUGAUGAGCAGCAGAGCGUUAGGGAUCCUCAGACAAAUGAUUGAGUGUCUGGUUAACUCACUAUGGCUGUACCCUGACACUAUCAUCUGUUCAACCUCUUUCCUCCAACCCCCCUGUCCAUCUCCUCUUUCCUCCUCCUCAACCUGUCACCUAUUUAUACCCUGGAGACUCAAAAGAGCCCAUUAAAGCUCCACAGACCUCUUCAGCAAGAGACAACAGUGACCAUGAGUCCGAUGACACAUGAACGAUCUGAUCUCCAGCCUCAUCACCUUUUCUUCAAAAGCUACAAAUAAGGAAAACUAAGGCUUCAACCACCAGGAAUUCUUGAAAUACAACAAGACUACAACUGUGCCAAGCUUCAGAUGACAAACUGACCCUGAUAUUUCAUUGUGGCGAGGACAGUUUGCAGCUGCAGCAGAUCUGGAAAAUUUUGUAUGCAGCAUGUGCUUGGGUCCAUGGACUGGAGGUUCUGUUUUAUUUUGUUGAAAUACAGGAAAACACUUAUUCAUAACGUGUUUAUUGAGUCAGUUGUCUAAAUAGCUAUGAGAUUUGGGCAAGGACACUGAAAGAAUAAGACUUCUAAAUGGCUUACAUAUCUGAAGUCCUCCACCACUCCCAGCCAUGAGCUAAGCCAACGCCACCCUGGGCGUCCCUUGCAGGAUGACUGCUGUCUGCCCCUCCGAGAGCAGCCCAGAAGGGGCUGAAGCUGGGGCAGGGACAGCAGGCUCUAGGGGGUCGGGGGCAGUAGGCACCGCUGGGAGCAUCUCAGUUUCUGGGGCAGAGAAUGGGGAGUCUAAUGGAGACUCUGUCGGAGGUUCAAUUGGAGGCACAACUGUGGUCACUGGUGGUCAAAGGUACGCCCGCUGGAGCCGCCAGGACAGCUCAGACAUCAACACAGAUGAUGAGGGAGCCACCAUCCGCCGCCUUACUCCACUGGAAAGGCUGAACCUUGAUAUGUGCCAGGAUGACAGGGUGGUCCGUGAGCUAACAGUGGGCAGAAGAAUCGGCUUCUACAAAAUUCGAGGAGAGAUCGGCUGUGGAAAUUUCUCCCAUGUCAAGCUAGGAAUUCAUGCCCUCACCAAAGACAAAGUGGCAAUAAAAAUCCUAGACAAAACCAAGCUGGAUCAGAAGACCCAGAGGCUGCUGUCCAGAGAGAUCUCUAGCAUGGAGAAACUACACCAUCCCAACAUCAUACGCCUCUAUGAGGUGGUGGAGACGUUGUCACGGUUACACCUGGUGAUGGAGUACGCAGGGGGAGGGGAGCUCUACACCAAGAUUACUACAGAGGGGAAACUUUCUGACACUGAAAGCAAGAUCGUCUUCGCUCAGAUCCUCUCUGCUGUUAAACACAUGCAUGAAAACAACAUCAUUCACCGUGACCUGAAGGCAGAAAAUGUCUUCUACACCAGCAGCUCUUUUGUCAAGGUCGGGGACUUUGGCUUUAGCACGCUGAGCCGCCGUAGUGAGACACUGAACACAUUCUGCGGCUCUCCGCCCUACGCCGCGCCUGAGCUCUUUCGGGAUGAGCAUUAUGUUGGCAUCUUUGUAGACAUCUGGGCCCUGGGGGUGAUGCUGUUCUUUAUGGUGACAGGCACCAUGCCGUUCAGGGCCGACACUGUGGCCAAACUGAAGCGAUGCAUCCUGGAGGGAGCCUACAUACUGCCCUCGUGGGUGCCAGAGGCAUGCCAGAGGCUGAUCAGGGGAAUCCUCCAACCCAUACCAUCUGACCGCUGCACAGUGGAGCAGAUGAUGGGCUGUGAGUGGCUGCUUCCUGUGGACUUCCCGCGUGCCAUGGAGCCCUUUAAACUAGACCCAUCCCACCUAGCAGAGAGUACUUCACCUGAACUCGGGGAGGAAGAGAUGGAGGUAAAGGCAGCACUGGAGACACUAGGAAUCACCUCAGAACACAUCCUCAACAAUCAGGGGAAAGACUGCAGGAGCUCCAUCACAGGAGUCUAUAGGAUCCUGCUACACCGUGCUCACAAGAGACGGGCUGUUGAGAGCAUGCCUGCAGUCACACAGGUAGUCAGACCUACUAAAAAGGAACGACUAAAAGUGUACCGUAGUUUAAGGCACACAUCUAAACUCUGUGUGAUUCUGUGACAAAAUGCUCUGCUUCGCUCUGGAAAUUAAUCAACUUUAUAGUCUGGGAUGAGAUUGCAUGGAUUUCAUUAGAAAUAAAAAAUAAAAGUGCUUUUCAGUCCAGCAGUUUAAAUUGAAAUUGUGGUAUAUAACCCCACUCAGCUCCUGAUAUCUGGGAUUUCUUAUUUUAGUAUCUUUCUUCUAGUAAGUAAAAUUAGUCUCUGUGAGAAUGUUGCUGCCGGUGAAUCAUUGUUGUCUCCUUUUUUGACAGGGACAGGGGACCUGUAAUCCUCAUGAGAUUUGGAAAUGUUAUGAAAUAUAAUUUAUUUAAGUAAACAUGAUGACGAUUAUAUGGCAUACGUAACUUUUUAUUUGGGUCAUGCAGGUCGGAUAUUUAAAGCCCACACGCAUUCUAUGCUCAGUUGUGCCGGAACACCAAUAAACCCUAUGAGAGAAAUCAAUGUAGCAUAAAUCUUAAGGAAAAGAGUUAGAAAUCCACAACAUUAUGCGGAAGUGAUAAUGGGGUGAAACAUGCAGUCAAUACAUGAAAUGUGGUGUCUCUAAUGUAUAAUUGCACUUUUCUUCAAUGCCUUAGUUUUCUAUCAUGUUAUGAAAUCAGACAGACUGGUUUCAUUAUACUCCUUAAUGUUUGUGAUUAUAUGAAUAGACAUUUCCCAUUUUACCUUCUUAUGUGAUGUAUCUCUAUGAGAUGUUAGACUGAUUGACCUGAAUGACCUCACUCUAUUUUAUUGGCCUGAAAAAGCCAAUAAAUGUCAUUAGGCUACAAAUACCAACCACCAAAGUUAUUAGUUGUUCAUGUGGCAAAAUCACUUUUCAGUUUUGACUCGGUAUGAGUAUUUUUGAUUAUCUGAUGUCAUGUUCAUGCUCAUGUGUUGAUUAAAAUAAAUUAAACAUAUAAAUG